GCAUCCAACAUCCAGCAUCCAACAUCCAGCAUCCACCAGCCCACAAGUCCUCCUGCCAUGCGACGAUCAACAGCGCCCAGCCAGCGUCCGUCGCCGCUGCAGUCUGACGAUCCGGCACCCCCUCUUGCAAAGAAACCGCGGAUAGAAUCCAGCGUCUUUGUCAAUCCGCCCCGUGCAUCCGAUGUGCCUCGUGCCUCUGCCCCAUCCGUCUCCAGCACACCAGCAAGCGACGCCGACAUCACCUACGAGGUUGUUUGGAGAAAGAAGCAGUUCAAAAAGCACAAGACCUGGGAAGGAGAUGGAUAUCUCGAAAUCAAAGGCGGAACAUGUAUACUCCUGGAUUCAAAACGGACAGAGAUCGGGAGAGAUGUCCUGCCAAAGACUCCCCUUGAAGCUGGAGCCCUGCUCUCAUUUGGUGGAAAAGAAAUCGAAAUUUCUGGAAUCGCAUCCGGUCGAGCCCAACAAGGCUUGCCUUCUUCAGAUGAGCCUCAGCACCAAGCCGCAGCGACCCCAAAGGCCCCGUUCAAGCCACUUUCUAUCAAUCCCAAGGCAGUUGGAUCUGCAAAAGCCACGCAGCCCAAGCCUGCAGAAGAACAAUCUACUCCAGAUGUGCAGCAACAGCGCAGCCAUGAAGUUCCACCUGAUGCAAAAGCCCCAAUGGCCAUGUUCAAAGCCUUCCGCGGCCUGACGAAGGCGCUGCCAAAAUCGGGCUCUGCACCCAGACACGAUCCCAAAUCAAGCCAAGCCUAUGUUUUGCCCCGGCCGCUGGAUCAGAGUUCCGAAGCUGUCGAUGUUGUCAUCGAUCCAUACCUCAACCGACACCUCCGUCCUCAUCAACGCGAUGGUGUCAAGUUUCUCUAUGAAAGAAUCAUGGGAAUCCACGACGGCGAGUACAAAGGAAACGGCGCCAUCUUGGCUGACGAAAUGGGUCUUGGGAAGACCUUGCAAACGAUCACGCUCAUCUGGACUCUACUAAAGCAAUCGCCGAGCCCAAGUGAAGGAUCGGUGAUCAAGAAAGCGCUCGUUGUCUGCCCUGCAUCACUCGUUAGCAACUGGGAAAAGGAGUUCAACAAGUGGCUUGGAAAGGAGCGCAUACGAGUCUUUGCGAUGGAUCAAAAAUCAAACAUCAAGGACUUUAUUAUCGGUCGUGUCUACAGCGUACUGAUCAUCGGGUAUGAACGGCUCCGUUCGAGUUUGGAUACCGUUAUAAACUGCAAGUUUGAUCUCGUUGUCUGUGAUGAAGGUCAUCGUAUCAAGAACAGCAAAAUCAAAGCGGCCUCAGCGAUUCAGCGAUUCCAAACACCUCGCAGGAUCAUUUUAUCGGGCACUCCUAUUCAGAACGACCUUGGGGAAUUCUUUGCCAUGGUAGACUUUGUGAACCCCGGGAUCCUCGGGGAAUACGCAUCGUUCAAGCGCAAGUUUGAGAAUCCCAUCGUCGCUUCGCGGGAUGCCUCAUGCAAUCCAUAUCAAGCCGAACUGGGCACCACUCGUUCCGAGGAGCUCCGCAGAAUCACCAGCUCCUUCAUCUUGCGGCGAACAGCGGACAUCAACGCCCAGUAUCUGCCGAGUCGAACCGAGUACGUGCUCUUUUGUCGCCCAUCGGAAGUGCAGUCGGACCUCCUCGCACAGAUUUCAGCCUCGCAGUUCGUGUCGGACACGAUCAACGGCUCUGGAGCAAGCAUCCUUGGAAUACUCAAUACUAUGAGAAAGCUCGCUGGAAGUCCUCAGAUGAUUGUCGACGAUCUUGAAGAAUGGAACCUGGCGGUUCUGCCGGAGCAUGAGGAUCGCUUGCUGGGCUGCCAGAAUCAACUACUGCUGGAGUUUAGUGGCAAGCUAUGUGUUCUUGCGGAUCUGCUUCAUAAUAUCAAAACCAACACGUCCGAGAAAGUCGUUGUCGUUUCAAACUGGACCCAGACCUUGGAUAUAGUACAAGAGCUCUGCACCCAAAAGGGAUACACAUUUGCACGGCUGGAUGGAUCUGUCCCAGCGCAGAACCGGCAAAAACUCGUCGACGACUUCAACAACACCUCCAGGCAAUUCGUCUUCCUUCUCAGCUCGAAGGCUGGAGGUGUUGGCCUCAACCUGAUCGGCGCCUCGAGGCUGAUCAUGUUCGAUAUUGACUGGAAUCCCAGCGUGUGUCGUCAAGCCAUGGCACGAAUCUGGAGAGAUGGCCAGAAACGACCUGUCAAGAUCUAUCGACUGUUGCUGACGGGCUCAAUAGAAGAGCGUAUCUUCCAAAGACAGAUCAAAAAGCUCGAUUUGAGCGAUGCCAUCGUGGAUCAAAAAGGACAAGUUAUCGAUGGAUUUGAUCCACAGGAGCUGAGGGACCUGUUGACAUUUCGAGGCAACACCAAAUGCCUUACACACGAGAUCAUGACCUGUGGCUGCCAGGUAAGCAGACGAACUUGAUCGUCUCAUGGCGGAUGAGCCUUUGGAAGGAUCGGACGACUCUGGAGAGUGGAACCACUAUCUCCUUCUUGACCAAAGCGAUACCCGCGAGCGCUGGAGGCAGCAUCUCGAGUUACUUGUCGAGGAAG